AUCUGCGGCUUCUGUCGCCCGAUUCUGGCCGAGCCUCGGCUCAGCCUCAGCAGAAAGUUGUAACUUUUCUUUUUGUUUCACAGUAAAUUUUUUCCGUCAGUUAUUCAAAGUUGUUUUAGCAAAAUAGCUUAAUGGUUUAUCGGGCAUUCAAAGCUUCGAUUUUGAUGAAGCAGUUUCGCCAUAACACCCAGAACCUGUUUGUAAUAAUGUCUGAGAGACAUGUUUUCUCUGGAGAAUCUUCGUCCAUGCUUGUACGUGUCAGGUCAAUGACAUCAAGCAGGCGCGUUCAAGACCGGAGCAAGGAAAAGAGAGUUCACGAGCUCGAGAUCGUGACCGAGAAGUGGAAAACAGCUUCAAAAGUGAUUUUCUUGAUGGAGACAUUGAAGAAGGAGCCUGAGAUGAUCAUGCCCGUCAGGUCAUUGGAACAGUACAGACGGCAAAUCAAUCUGCCGAAGCCUCACAAGAUCAGUGAUUUCAUCAGGAAGUCGCCCAAGUUGUUCGAACUGUACAAGGAUCAAAGAGGAGUCUUGUGGUGUGGAAUGACAAAGGAAACUGAAGACUUGUUGGAAGAACAGGACAGGCUACUCGAGGAAAACGGGGACAAGGCUGCGGAACAUGUGACUAGGUUCUUGAUGAUGUCUGUUGAUAAAAAACUUCACUUGGAUAAGAUUGCUCAUUUCCGGAGGGAUUUCGGGUUGCCGCUUGAUUUCAGGAAAGAAUGGGUGAACAAGUUUCCUCAGCAUUUCAAAGUUGUUGAAUCCGGGGAUGGUGAGGAGUAUCUCGAGCUUGUCGCUUGGAACCCGAAAUGGGCUAUCACAGAGUUGGAGAAAAAGGUUUUAGGGCUAACUGAAGCAACUGAUCAUAAACCGGGCAUGCUCUCACUGGCUUUUCCCAUGAAGUUUCCUGCAUAUUACAAGAAAAUGUACAGGUACAGAGGGAAAAUCGAGCAUUUUCAGAAACGUUCUUACUUGUCUCCAUAUGCUGAUCCACUCGACCUCAAAGCUGGAUCAAAGGAAUUUGACAAACGGGCGAUUGCAGUUAUGCAUGAGCUGCUUAGCUUCACGCUCGAGAAGAGAUUGGUCACUGAUCAUCUGACCCAUUUCCGGAGAGAACUUGUGAUGCCACAGAAGCUGAUGAGGAUUUUCUUGAAACAUUGCGGUAUUUUUUACGUCUCCGAGAGGGGAAAGAGAUUCAGCGUGUUCUUGACAGAGGCAUACAAAGGUUCGGAGCUGAUUGAGAAAUGCCCUUUGGUUCUUUGGAAGGAAAAGGUCCUUAGUCUCGCAGGUUACAGAGGAAGGAAGAAAGAGAUUCCAACUUACAGAGAUACUUUGGAAAUGGAAGACGAAAAUUUAUUGGAGAGUGGUUCAGAAGAUGAAACCUUGACCGUGGAAUCCGAUAGAGAGGAAACCGCAAGCUCUCUGGAUUAUGAUCUCUUAACAGAUUCAGAUGAGAUGAAUAUAGAAGAAAUUUGAUGAAUGCCUAUGAAGAGAGCGAUGCUCAGUGAGUUUUUUUCUCAGAAUCCGGUUAAUGUAUGCGAUCGGGUUAUUGUCUCGGACCGUAGUUUAUGAAGAUUCAAGAAUUCAGAACCCGAGUGAGUGCUCUCUCUCAAUUGAAAUCUUCCAAAAUCAGAACACAGAUGGGGUUUAUAGAUGCUGAAACCGUGCUCCAUAUACAGAUAUUUGAGUCGAAAUUUGCCUGCUUGCUCUAUUCCAAUGAGUAGAAGAUGCAGCAGAUCUUGGACCAAAAGCUUCACGAGCCACUUGGACAGGAGAAACUAGAAAGGUUACUUAACCGGUCCGGUUUAGCAUGGAUUGGGAAAUCGGUUCAAAACCGGCAGAAAUCUGAAUGUACUCGGUCGGUUUAAUUUAGUGAUCGCGCAUUCUAUACAUUUUCUGGAUUUGUAAUAUUCAAGUGAUAACCAAUUAUACACACAAAAAAAAGUUAUAUC